CUGGGCGGGGCCUUCCCGGCUGACGGCCUGCGUGCACUGCGCUUGCGCGGGUUGAGGGCGGUGGCUCAGGCUCCUGGAAAGGACCGUCCGCCCCUCCGCGCUGGCGGUGUGGACGCGGAACUCAGCGGAGAAACGCGAUUGAGAGCAGUGUGUGGAUUACACUAUCACUGGAAAAAUACGAAUUGAGAAGAAGGAAAAGACUGGAAGAUGCAGACCUUGGUUCCUGUUAGUGGAAACACUGUAAGGUCCCAGAAAUGGAAAAGAAAAUGAAAUAAAUCAGCAGUUAUGAGGCAGAGCCUAAGAGAACUAUGGCAACAUCAGGUGACUGUCCCAGAAGUGAAUCGCAGGGAGAAGAGCCUGUUGAGUGCAGUGAGGCUGGUCUCCUGCAGGAGGGAGUACAGCCAGAGGAGUUUGUGGCCAUCGCGGACUACGCUGCCACCGAUGAGACCCAGCUCAGUUUUUUGAGAGGAGAAAAAAUUCUUAUCCUGAGACAAACCACUGCAGAUUGGUGGUGGGGUGAGCGUGCGGGCUGCUGUGGGUACAUUCCGGCAAACCAUGUGGGGAAGCAUGUGGAUGAGUACGACCCCGAGGACACGUGGCAGGAUGAAGAGUACUUCGGCAGCUAUGGAACUCUGAAACUCCACUUGGAAAUGUUGGCAGACCAGCCACGAACAACUAAAUACCACAGUGUCAUCCUGCAGAAUAAAGAAUCCCUGACGGAUAAAGUCAUCCUGGAUGUGGGCUGUGGGACUGGGAUCAUCAGUCUCUUCUGUGCACACUAUGCGCGGCCUAAAGCGGUGUACGCGGUGGAGGCCAGUGAGAUGGCACAGCACACGGGGCAGCUGGUCCUGCAGAACGGCUUUGCCGACAUCAUCACCGUGUACCAGCAGAAGGUGGAGGAUGUGGUGCUGCCCGAGAAGGUGGACGUGCUGGUGUCUGAGUGGAUGGGGACCUGCCUGCUGGUGAGGGCGGGCGUGCGGGCAGCUGGGGGCCCGAGAAGGUGGACGUGCUGGUGUCUGAGUGGAUGGGGACCUGCCUGCUGAGGUGCUAGUUCUGGUGCCCACACGCACACACACAAAACCAUCAACUCUUCUGGAUUCCUUGGUUUUAAAGCUUGCCUCAUACAAAGUACGGAGACAUCUUUUUCAGGAAACAUUGCCACCACAUGCUUGAAGGACCGCUUAUGGCUACACUUAGACAUCUUCAACCAAGGUCUCUUCACCUCCUUCUACAACAAUGCACUUUGUCUGCACUGGGACAAAAAAUGACAGCCUUUUUUCUUUUCUUGAUUUUUUUUUUUUUUUUUUUUUGGUGUGGAGCAUUUCCGAACUUUCACGUCAUAAAAAAUGCAGCAUAGUUAAUCAGCAGCUUGCACUUCUGAGGGCACAUUCACCUCGGGGGAGGAGGAAGGAGGAGGAGCUGGUGGGUGCUGAGACUGCAGUGUCCUCCUUCCCAGCAGCUGGACCCAGAGACUGGGCACCAAUUUUUUUUGAUGAAAUUAUCCUAAGGAAAUAAUCAAAUUUGUACAGAAAUUUAUGUUAAAAAAUGUUCAUGGCAGCACCAUUUAAAAUGGGGAGAAAAUUGGAAACAACAGAAUUGUAGCAAUACAUAUGAUCAUUAAAAAUUAUGUUUUAGAAAGAUUUUUAACAGUCUUUGGAAAAAGUUGGUGACAUGUUGCUAGUUUUUAAAAAAAGUACAAAGAGUAUGUACAGUAUGAUUCCAAUUUUGUGUUUAAAAAUUAGACAUAGUGGUAACCUAGCUUCAGUUCCAGAUAAGAUGGAGAAGGCAUACUCCUUUCAUGUCUCCCACUGAAUGCAGCUAUAAAUCCUGGAGAGUAGACAGGGAGAAACUAUUUGAGGACUCUGGAACAAAGACAUAGUAGCAAUCGACUGGUGAAGAAGACAAGAAUUUGAAGUACGGUCAAGUAUCUGUGGGCUCCACAUCUGUAGAUACAACCUACAUGUAUUGAAAAUAUCAGAAAAUAAAAAUAACAAUACAACAAUAAACAUCAAUACAAAUAACACACCAAUACAGUAUAGCAGCUACUUACAUAACACUGACAUUGUAUUAGGUAGAAGUAAUCUAGAGAUGAUUUAAAGUCUGUCGGAGGAUGUGUGUAGCCUGUAUGUAAAAACCACGUUAUUUUAUAUGGGGGACUUUAGCAUCCAAGGAUUUGAAUAUCCACGGGGGGUCCUGGAACAAGUUCCCCAUAGACACCAAGAAACAACUGUAUUCCUGAAACAGUCUUGAGUUAUCAUUUUCUUUCUUCUCCCUCUAUGUAUGUACAUAGAGUGUACAUACAUAGAGUGAGAAGCAAAGAAGGUCCAUGAAAUGGACCAAUUCUUUUGAAAACUGCAAAUUACCACAGUUCAUCUAACAUGAAAUAGAUAACCUGAAUGGUCCAAUAACUAGUAAAGAUAUUGAAUUAAUAGUUUAAAAACCUUCUGAAAGGUAAAUCUCUACCCUAAAUGAUUUCACUGGUGAAUUCUAUCAACACAUUUAAUGAAGAAAAAACUCCAGUUCUAAACGACUUUCAGAAAAGAAGAGGGAACACUUCCUCACUCAUUAUAUGAGGUAAGCAUUGCCCUAAUACCAAAACCAAUGUUAACACAAAAUAUGAAACCUACAGACCAAUAACCCUCAUGAACAUAAAUGUAAAAAUCCUCAAGAAAACAUUAGCAAAUUUAAACCAGCAGGAUAUAAAAGGAAUAAUAAUACACCAUAACAAAAAAAGAAACUAUCCUUGGAAUGCAAGGCUGGUUCAAUAUUUGAAAAUCAAUCAUUGUAAUCUACCAUAUUAACAGUCUGAAGAAGAAAAAUCAUGAUUAUAUCAAUACAGAAAAAAAUUGACAAAAUUCAACAUCAGUUCAUGAUAAAAUUCUCAGCAAACUAGAAAUGGAAGGAAAUUUAACAUGACAUAGGACAUCUACAAAAAAACCUACAGAAAAUCCUAAGGAGUCUAUGAGAAAAUUUCCUAAAACUAGUAAGUGAGUUUAACAAGAUCACAGAGUGCAAGGUCAUCAUACAGAAGUCAUUUUUAUAUCUUAGCAAUGUACAAUUAGAAAUUAAAGAAUAUCAUUUACAGUAGCUUCAAAAAUAUGAAAGGCUUAGAAAUCUAACAAAAUGUGAUCUGGAUGCUGAAAAUGAUGAGAUGAUAAUGAAAGAAACCCCAGAAAACCUAAAUAAAUGGAGAGAGAAGAAGGCUCAACCUAGUAAAGAUGUAUGUUCUUUUUAAAUUGAUCUGUAGACUUAAUAAAAUUCCAAUUAGAAUCCAAGCAGGAUUUGUUCUUCUAGAUAAGCUCAUUAUGAAAUGUAUAUGGAAUGUAAAGGAACUAGUGCUAUGGUUUGUCCCCACCAAAUCUCAUGUUGAAAUUUGAUCCUCAGUGUGGUGGUGUUGGGAGGUGGGGCCUAGUGGGAGGUGUUUGGGUCAUGGGUGUGGAUCCCUCAUGAAUAGAUGAAUGCCCUUCCUCGUGGGUAGAUAAGUGAGUUCUAGCUCUUUCAGGUCCCAACAAGAGCUGGUUGUGAAAAAGAGCCUGGCACGCCCACUUGCCUCUGCUCCCACCCUGGGGUCUCUGCACGUGCCAGCUCCCCUUUGCUUUCCACUGUGAGGGGAAAUAGCCUGAAGCCCUCACUGGAUGCCCAAUCCUGAACUUUCCCAACCAGCAGAACCACGAGCCAAAUAAACCUCAUUUCUUUAUAAAUUACCCAGCCUCAGAUAUUCCUUUUUGGCAACACAAAAAUGGACUAAGAGAACUAGUGUAGCUGAUAGAAUUUUUUAGAAGAAAGGUAAAGUUGGAGGAACUAUACUACUUGAUUUUGAAGCUACAGUAACCAGGACAAUGUGGUGAAGGGACAGACACGUAAGUCAAUGGAACGGAGACGAGAGAUUUCUACAAAUAUGGUCAAUGGGUUUUUUUAACAAAGGUACAAAAAUCUAUUUAAUGGAGAAAAGACAGUCUUUUCAGCAAAUGUUACUGGAAUAGUUGUCAUCCAUAUCUAAAAAACAACACCUCAACCUCACAUCUCAUACACAGCUGAACUUAAAAUUGAUCAUAGAUCUAAGUGUGUGAAAUGUAAAACUAUAAACCUCCUUGAAAAAAUCAUAGAAAAUCUUCAUCACCUGGACUUGGGCAAAGACUUUUUACUCUAAAAGCAUGAUCCAUAACAGAAAAUGUUGAUAAAUUGAAUUUCAUCAAAACUAAAAAUGACUGCUCUGCAAAAGGAUGAUGCUAAGAGAAUAAAAAAGACAGGCUAAGAUUAGGAGAAAAUAUUGCAAAGAACAUAUCCAGUGUGUGUGCUGAAUAUACAGAGAAAUCUCAAAACUCAACGGGAAGAAAACAAGCCAAUUGAAAAUGGGCAAAGUACUUGAACAGACACUUUACCAAAGUGGAUAUACAGAUAUCAAAUACACACAUGAAAAGAUGUUCAGCAUAGCCAUCAGGGAAAUGCACAUUAAAGCCACAGUGAGAUAUCACUUACACCCAUUGAAAAAUGACUACAAUAAAAAAAAAUCUGAUAGUAAUACCAACUGUCAUUGAGGAUGAGGAACAGCUGCAAGUCGUGCAUUACUGGAGGGAACAUGCCACUGUGGAAACAGGUGGGUGGUUUCUUAUAGACUUGUAUGUGCACUCACCUUAUGCCCAGGAGUCCCUCUCCUGUGUGUUCAACCCAGAGAUAUGCAAGCUGUGUUCACACAAAAACCUGUACGUGAAUGAUUAUACUAGCUCUCUUUAUAAUUGCAAAAAAAAAAAAAAAAACCUGGAAUCAACCCAAGUGUCCUUCAUCUGGAUAAUCCUUAAGGAUAAACUGGUGUGUCCACACAGUGGAAUACCACUGAGCAGUGAAGAGGAGCCAGUUAUUGAAACAGGUAAUUUGGAGGAACCCCAGAAACGGUACAGUGAGUGAAAGAAACUUGUCUUGAAAGGUUAUGUACUGUUUGGUUCCAUUUAUAUGAUAUUCUCAAAAAGACACAAGACCAUGGGGAUGGAGACCAGAUCGGUGGCUGGAGAGGCUGGGGUCGGGGAGGGCAUGACCACCAGAGAAAAGGGUGAAGAGUGUUUUGGGUGGCAGAGCUGUGUGUAUGCUGGCUGUGGUUGUGAGGACAAAAUCCACACAAGUGCUCAAGUUCGUAGGCUGUACACCAGAAAAGCUGUUUCACUACAUAACUGAAAAAAUAAGAUUGAAAAAUAAGAUGUAUAUAUUUUUUGUGUGCGUGUGUAGAAAAAUACUUGAAGGUAAACUGCAGAGUGAUAACAGUGGUUCCUUCUAGGUACUGGGUUAAUAUGUGAUUUUUAUGUUUGUUUGAGCUUUUCUAAGUUUUCUACAUUUUCCAUACAAAACAUGUAUUACUUCUGUAAUAAAAGCAGCUUGAGAUUA